AUAUGGCGAGCAUAAUACUGAUAGCUUGCCUAGCUAUACUGGGCUUAAUUAUUGCGAUAGCCCUAUUUUUGGCUGGUGGAUAUCUGUGGUGGCGGCACAAAAGGUCACAGCUGCAGUUUAUUGAGCCCAAUGAAGACGAGGAAUCAAGUAGCUACAGCUUGAGAGCUGCUCAGGACAUUUUAGAAUCUGGGAAUCCGCCUAGUAAGCCUCAAGUGCCCGUUGCCCAGGCAAUUACGAAUCCUCUACAAAAUAACAUUAAUCGAAAAUUGAAUGGAUUUUUAAACCUGCGAACGCCUCUCAUUGGGAGCGGCACAGCAGCGACACCAGCAAAAUCGAAUACUUCCACAGGAGCAACUGCAAAUGAUGGAACAUCUAAAGAUGGAGCGAACAAAAGUAUAUCGAUGACAGAUAUGUACCUGGAUAGUACGGAUCCAAGUGAAAACGUCGGCCAGAUUCACUUUUCAUUGGAAUAUGAUUUUCAAAAUACGACGCUAAUAUUGAAAGUACUGCAGGGCAAAGAGCUGCCAGCGAAGGACUUAAGUGGAACUUCCGAUCCCUAUGUGCGAGUGACAUUAUUGCCAGAUAAAAAACAUCGCCUAGAGACCAAGAUAAAGAGAAGAACUUUGAACCCGCGCUGGAAUGAAACAUUCUAUUUCGAGGGCUUUCCAAUACAAAAGCUGCAAUCGCGAGUUCUUCAUUUACAUGUCUUCGAUUAUGAUCGUUUCUCAAGAGACGAUUCCAUUGGUGAAGUAUUUUUGCCGCUGUGCCAGGUGGACUUUGCUGGCAAGCAAUCAUUUUGGAAGGCCUUGAAGCCGCCAGCCAAGGAUAAGUGCGGCGAGCUUUUAUCUUCACUAUGCUAUCAUCCUUCAAACUCAAUUUUAACGCUGACAUUAAUCAAAGCAAGAAAUCUAAAAGCUAAAGAUAUCAACGGAAAGUCAGAUCCGUAUGUGAAAGUUUGGCUUCAAUUUGGCGAUAAGCGCGUAGAGAAGAGAAAAACACCAAUAUUCACCUGUACGCUUAAUCCAGUCUUUAAUGAAUCAUUCAGCUUUAAUGUGCCAUGGGAAAAGAUUCGCGAGUGCUCCUUGGACGUUAUGGUCAUGGACUUUGAUAAUAUUGGUAGAAACGAGUUGAUCGGCCGAAUACUGUUAGCUGGUAAGAACGGUUCAGGUGCCUCAGAGACAAAGCAUUGGCAAGAUAUGAUCUCGAAACCCAAACAAACUGUGGUACAAUGGCAUCGCUUGAAGCCCGAAUAGAUCUCGAUCUGCGGCAAAUAUAGGGCUCCAAUGAGUGCCCUUAAUAUACCAUACAAGUAGAUUACCAACUAAGAUCUCAAUGAAGCACACCUAAGAUAAGCAGCAUUUAAGUCAAAGCUUCAAUUGCAGUAAAGCUGCAUAUACUCGUUCACGAGCAUAUAUUUUCAAAUUUGUUGAAUUUUCUUGGGUUUAUUAAACAGUUUCUUCCCUUUGCCUUAAGGGAUCUAAACGUUUACCGUCUAACCAUAGUAGGCGUCAGCUCAUUGAUCUACCAUCGUUAAUGUGUCGCAGAACAGUUUUAGGAAUUGCUUUUCUGCAUAAAUUGAUUAUCGGUAAUAUUGAUUCGUCCUUUUUGUUGAUGCGAUUUAAAAUUUCUGUUCCGUCCGCUUUAUUUUCCUUUGUGCUCUACGGAUUAUUCAACGCACAGUGCGUUUAAUAUUUUGCGUGUUAAUAAUAAUAAAUAGUAUCACGCCUUUUCCUUAGAGCUCUGUCUCCUUAUAAUAAAAUCCUUUUGCUUUUAGCUUACCUUAGGAAAAUGACUUGCAGUGCUCAGGUAUAAGAACUGGUGUAUAUUUUGUUGCCAAUGUUUGUGCAGUGAUUUCUCAAUCCUAUCCUAUAGUCUAUUUUUAGCUCGUCUUUUACUCUUUUUUUUAUCACUUAUUCUUUUUUCUUUUCACUAUCUUAUAAUAUUUUCCCAUUUCUUUACUAAUUUUUAUCUUAAUCAUCAUUAUAAUUGUAAUUACUUUAAUUAUAUGUAAGCUCUUUUAAUAUUUAUUUUAAGUUUUUGAUUUAACACUUUCUGUUUUUCAUAGUUUCAAUAGUAUCACUGAUCACUGUGAAAAGGGGCAUAGCUGGCCGGACUGGCAAAUAAAAUACCCCCAUCGGUGAUACUAUUGUAAUAAUUUUCUGUACUUUUUUUUGGCUAUAUAAUUAUAGUGUUAGUUGGCUCUAGUAAUGUCAAUAUCUUUUUAAUAAAUAAAUAAAUAAAUAUGAAGUGCUUCGAUUUUUCUGAUUACUUUUCCUUCCUUCCUUUUCCCAUUUGCCACAUUCAACAGCAAAAUAUGUUCAAAUGAUAUUUAUUUGUAUAGAAAAAUAAAUAGUUCUCUAGAUCCCAGAAACUACGUAAUCUUAGCUCAAUCUCGCAUUUCCUUAUUCGAUUACACAAGCCCCGACGCUGAUCUAUAUAAAGAAAUACAUAUCUAGAUUCCAGUCUCAAAAUCGAACAGGAACGAUACGCAUAUAGAAAUCCCUUAAUUGACCUAAAUGCUUCUUUCAGGUCACCCAUACCUCCGCUUUGUACCUCGUGAACGAGUACUAUAAUGCUUAAGGAAGAGAGCUUUGCACUUAGCAGAUAUUGACUUCAAUCAAGGUCUAAUUCAAAUCUGAAUUAUGAACUAGUAGACAGAAGUUAGCGAAGUUGAACGAACAAUUCAUUGUGCAAGAAACAAAUGUUUACUCCAUCAAAAUUAAGAUAAAGAAAAGGUUUUUUCUCAUAUGUUUUUCUUGAAACUAUAUCAGCUUAAUCUUUUAAUGAUUUGUGCGUUAUUUAUAUUUGAUAUAAACAAGUAAAGGAAACAGAAUUAAAUUUAAAACUUCAUUUAAUUCUAAAGAAACUUAAUUAGCGAAUCAAUUGAAAAUAAAGUAUAUAAUAAAA